AUGGAAACCUCCCGACGCCAACUCCACAGCUGCGAUCCAUGCCGCAAAGGCAAAAGGCGAUGCGAUGCACCGAAAAACAGGAAGGAUACUGGAUUCAGUGGUUGUUACAACUGCAAGCGAUGGAAAAAGGAGUGUACGUUCAACUGGCUCUCUUCGAAGCGUAUAGAUGCCGCCGGAGGUCGGCGGAAAGCCCCAGUCUACAUUGCGGAGAAAUCUAUUCCUUCUGUUGUAAGCUCAGAUGAUGAUGCACUCUCGGAUGAGCAGUCUCGCUCUUUACCGUCUUAUCCCGCCACUUCCGACGACAUGUUUGCUUCUGGCGAUUUCGCAAAUUUCGCACUCUCCUUCACAUCGGACCCACAAGAUAGAGAAGGAACAGAGUCCGGCGCUGAGCAGUCAGAAUAUUACCCUUGGAGUUUGGAGAUUCCAGUCGACUGGCAAAACAGUGGCACCACUCAACGAUCCCAAAGGGAACUUGAAUCCCUCAUUAACUCUUCUGAGAAUUCUUUCGACGUUAUACAACGGCCCGAAGGUGAAUACAGUCCGUCUUCUUUCAAUUUCGUGGCCCCGGGAUACGAGCAGAUUAGUCUAAAAGCCUCAUCGACACCUAGCUCUAACCAGCGACCAAUUCCAAGAUUUCCAUCAAGUUUUUGUAUUGCUUCUGAGAAUACGGCUGAUCAAUAUGCUCGUUCGACGAUGACGCGUAACUUAAUUCGCAUAUAUCACGACAGUAUGGAAAACGCAUUGUCAUGUUGGCUGACAGAGCACAACUGUCCUUAUAGCGACUUGGCUAGCACCGUUCUACCAAAUGGCGAGAGACAAGAGUGGGGUCCCAAUUGGUCAAACAGAAUGUGUAUUCGUGUUUGUCGGUUAGAUCGUGCAUCUUCCUCAAUACGUGGUAGGGCUUUAAGUGCGGAAGAGGAUAAGACCGCCGCUCGAGUACUCAAUCUAGCGAUCAUUGCAUUCGCCUCGCAGUGGACUCAGCACGCGCAGAAGGGUGCAACGUUAUCUGUCCCCGAGACAAUCUCUCGCGACGAGAGAUCAAUACGAGAGUACGUCUGGAAUGAAGCACGCCACGGCUUGGAGCACUCAACCACGAUUCCCUCAUUCCGUAUUAUCUUUGCAAAUAUUAUAUUCUCAUUGACUCAAAGUCCACUGGACAGCCGGCAAGACAAAGGCCUGGGCCAGCUUUUGGAAAAUGACAGUGCACCGACAUUUCUAGAGACUGCCAACCGCCAGCUUUUCACUUUUCGGCACAAGUUUGUGAAAUACGUACGAGAAGCCCCGCCAAGAGUGAAAGAGCUUCGAGGGGGAUCAAUCGGAUUAGCAGUUACCGAUGAAUCAGAAAUAUUGAAUCCUUCAGGGCCCUUGCAGGUCGAUCCAAUCCUGGCUAGCCACGAGCACCGCAAUACACUAAACCUUUUGUUCUGGCUGGGCGUCAUGUUUGAUACAUUGAGUGCAGCGAUGUAUCAGCGGCCACUAGUAGUGUCAGAUGAGGAUAGCCAAGUUGCAUCGGCACCUCCUGCAAUUCUUGAUCCACAAGAUCAGCUCCAGCUUGGCUUUGGGAGAAUUGCGGAGAAUAGAAACCACAAGAAACAGGACAUGUGGGGCGAAUUCUUCCUCCAUCGUACUGAACGUCAUAAGCUUAGCGGAGAGCAGCCAAGAUGGCCAUGCUCCUACGACGAGGCUGCAUCCGUACUCUCCGAGGCAACUCCUGUCAAAGUCUUACUCUACCGUCGGGUCACCCAACUGCAAACAUUGGUGUAUAGAGGGGCCAGUUGUGAUGUUCUUGAAGGGGUCAUCCAGAAGACCCUCCUGGUUUAUCGACACUGGAAUUGCACUUAUCGGAGAUUCAUGCUCGAUUGCGUCGAGAACCACGACUUGCUACCUCCUCGCAUUCAGUCGUGGUACGUUAUUCUCGACGGUCAUUGGCAUCUUGCUACGAUGCUUUUGGCAGACGCAAUAGAGGGCAUUGAUAACGGAAGACUGGGCUUUGAGAGCGAGCGUGAGACUCGAAAAGCCACUAGUUUGGUCUCGACACUCAGAACAGAGCAUGCUUUUAUGGUUGGUGCUCUUGCUCGCGCUUCACUUCAUGGGCAGAAUCCAUCUAUGCACCGACAUUUCCACGAUUCACUCAACGAAGUCGCGUUCCUCGUUGAGCCCUGGACCGUUGUCCUGAUCCAUUCAUUUGCCAAGGCGGCAUAUAUUUCUCUUGAAACCUUAGAUAAUCUCAACGACAUUAUUCUAACUGACUCCUUCCGGCAGAAUUGUGAAUCAUGUAUCUGUGCACUUCAAUAUCUCGGGAGAAAGUCUGAUAUGGCCUCCAUGGUGGCCCGCAAUUUAUCGAUACUAUUGGACUUGAAGCUUGCUCAGAUUCUAUGA